GAUCCUUACUGACUCAAAGGGUAACAGGUCCGGAAGAAAAUGUCUCAGCCCUUAAUUUAUUAUAUAAAGUAUAAGUCUAUAAGUCUAUCUUCAAGUCUAGUCAGUCUGAGAAACCACCACGAGUGUCUAUUCAAGCAGAAGGAUCGAUGGCAUGAAGCAGCCAGACCGUGUCCGUUUUAUAGUUUGUGGCGGUGGCUACACCUGUGACCAUGAGGUGGUUAAUGCUGAAUGUCUGGCUGACAGCAGGACAGAGGGAGGAAAGGGAAGCUUAAAUGAGUGAGAGGCAGGGGGCAGAGAGGAGGAGGAGUGACAGAAUGAUAGAGUGAAUUAAUUCAACCUUGGCCAGCCCUGAUUGACUCAGUAGCAAACUGGCAUGUACAAACAUUCACAGUGACACCAAAGCUAUGGAGAGAGAAAAGAGGAAUGACAUGUCUUUCUCCAGAAAGAGAAGUUUCACUUUUGGGGCAUAUGGAGGUUCUCACUUCCUUGUUUACAGUGUGGACAAAUUCACAUGUGGGGAUGAGACGAGACCUGAAUCUGCAGAGGACAACAUAGUGGACAUCCUGGACUCUCCUGCCAGUGACAGAAAGCCUUUCCUCUCAGCCAGCAGCAACCAGAGGGACACAGAGCUGUUUGAAAUAAUUGAAAAGCUGCAGGGCAGCAGGAUCGAUGAGCAGAGGUGUGAAUUUCCUCUUCCGCUGAAGUCUCAGCUUUUAAAGAUAGGUGGAGGAGACCUGCCACUCAUCCUCCCUCCGAAGCUAGGGGGCUACUGGAUAGACCCCCCUCUGGCGAGGCUUGUGGAUGUGAGUCCCACCUCCUCCCACUGUGGCGUUGAUCCAGAGAGCUACGACAUUAUGGAGAGAGAUGGGGAGGCCAAAAUCUAUCACGAGUUCUUCCGCUCACGUUACCAUCACUCAUUCACAGCAGUGGAUCCAUCUUUGGGGCCUUUGGUUCUCUCUGUGUGUUUGGAGGAAGAGGAGAGCAAGCUGCGGGUGAUACUAAGAAUGAAGCAGUGCACUCUGCAUGGAGUUUUUGCUGUCUCUCUUUUCCCAAACAUCCCAUCUGCCGUUGAAUUAGCAAAGAUGCUCUGUGACAGAGUGACUGUCUCAAAGUUUGAAGUGGUCAGCUUCCUCAAGGCUCCAGAACUCAUAACCGCAUUUGAUGAACACAGAGUGUCUCCUAAUUUUAAGUUUGGCAUUUUGUACCAAAAGGACGGGCAGUUCACUGAGGAGGACAUACUUUGUAACAAUGAAGAAAGUGAAGAGUUUAAAGAACUCCUUUCUAUUUUGGGAGAGACGGUUCAACUGGAAGGCUUCACCGGGUUCAGAGGAGGACUGGAUGUGUGUCAUGGUCAGACAGGAAGUGAAGCUGUCUUCACUUCCUUUCAUGGGAGGGAAAUCAUGUUCCAUGUUGCAACUAAACUGCCUUUUACAGAGGGCGACCCGCAGCAGUUACAAAGAAAAAGACACAUUGGUAAUGACAUUGUAGCUUUAGUCUACCAGGAGAGCCAAACCCCGUUCCUGUCUGAUGUUAUCAAGUCUCACUUCCUGCACUGCUUCCUGGUGGUCCGGAGGAUUCAGGUUCCAGAGGAGAAGACAGGUGAAACUGCGUACCAGGUGGCUGUAACAGCCAGAGAGGAUGUUCCUCUCUUUGGUCCGUCCCUCCCAGAUCCUCCCAUCUUCACAGAUCGUUUCCUGCUGAGAGAAUUCCUUCUGACCAAACUCAUCAAUGCAGAGAUUUCCUGUUAUAAGGCUCAACAAUUCAGCAGGCUAGAGCUCCGCACUCGUUCGUUGCUCCUGGAGAGCCUGCAGGCUGAACUCUCCACCCGUUCCCAGUACAUGAUGGGAGAUCCAUCUCUGUCGGUUCUCCCAACUUCUGAGGUUACACGAGGGGUGUCUGAGGGAAGUGGAGGAUUCAUUGAAAACUUUAAGAGAGCCAUAAGAGUGCGGAGUCACUCUUUCGAGACUCUUGGGGUGCCAAGGAAGACUGGUGGCAUUGCAACACAGAAGCAAAAGACAGAUAAAGAUGGAGAGAGUGACAAAUCUCCAGGACCUCUGCCUUCUGACAGUCAAGGGCCGGCUGAAGUCAAAAAUCAAGCAAGUCCUCAAGAAGAGACAUAAAAGGAAAUAUCAAUUUGUAGAUUUAAGUGUUAUUAUACUCAUACUUUGCUAGCGUAUGGUUACUACUUUCUUAUCCUGUUGGAUGGCUUAAAUGUAAAUAGAGUUUUGAGAAUAUAUUUAUAAUAUAUAUUUAUUUUACUGUCAUAGCAGUAUUCAACAUUACUUAAAAGCUCAACAUUGUAUUUUAGUGAAAUGUUUAAGAAAUAAAUGUUUUGAGUUUACACAGUUUUUAAUAUCAAUAAAAAUCUUUACUUCAAUGAGGGAUGUAAAGAGAGGAAGUGGAGAGGAGAGAGAGCGUUUAGGAAUAACAAAGGAAAUUAGAUUAAGAUUAGCACAAUAUGCAGAAAUUGAAGAAUGAUGAUUGUUUUGUUGAUGACAAUACGCAUAAUGAUACCAGUAAAACAUGAUUAUUAAAAGACUGAUGUUCAAUUUAGGAAACAAACAAAUGUUAUACCGAAUGUAAAAAGAAGCAGAAGAGAAGAAGAAGAAUGUGCUACCAGUAAUUGAUAAAGUAUUCAGAUAUUUUCGUAAAUGAAAAUACUUUGAGUAAAAGUCGGAAUUAAACAUUUUAUCAUCAAAAUGUAUUAUAUGACAUAAUUGGAGUUAUUAUUACUGAUUCUGUAAUGUAUAAACUGUAUUUCAGGUU